AUGUCGGACACAGAAAAUCAUCAAUCAAAUCCUCGCUUCUUAUUCAGUCAGCCACGCGCACUGCAAUGGUUCGAGGGUGGAAAAUUGAUGCGCCGUCAGGAUGGUGAGCGACAAGCUGGGCGAUUCGAGCUAUUCCUCGACCUUCUCUAUGUCGCGAUCCUGUCCAACUUCGCCGAUACCCUUGCUGAAGACAUCUCAGGUGCUAAACUGGUCAAGUACAUUCUAAUCCUGGCCCCGUCAUGGAAUGUGUGGAGCGAUCUGCGCGAGUUGAUGAACGCAUUCUACACCGAUGAUCUCCUACAGCGCAUCCUGAUCCUGUGGCUCAUGGCCGUACUGGUCGUAUACGGCAACAACGCCCCACUCGUCGACGAAGACAUUGGCGCCAUGCGCUCUGCCGUGGGAUCGUACAUGGUCGCGCGAGUCUCAUGCAACCUAGCCCACCUGCUAUACUCCUUUGCCAGCUACCACCACCGUCCGCAGCAACGCCUCUGGGUUGUCCUUUCUACUCUGGCACUGUGUAUUUACAUCCCACUAUACUUCGAGUCGGUCUCGAUCCGUGCCAAGAUCGCGGCAGCUGCUGUCGCCAUAUCGGUUGAAAUCAUGGUCUGGAUUCUGUGCUACUCUCCGGCUGCUAAGAAACUUCUUCGCACCAAGUGGUCAACGGCAGUGGAUGUCGCCCACGAAAUUGAUCGGUUCGGUGCAUUCUACAUCAUCGCGCUGGGCGAGUUCCUUUAUUUGAUUAUCGUGGGCUCUUAUGCUGCAGUCGGAAUGAACGAGCGGCUUCUAAGAGCUGUUUGGACACUGGUCAUUGCAUUCUGUUUGAAUUGGCUAUAUACUCACGCUGAUGGUGCAUUGGAUACCAUCCACCCCCUGCGUCACUCGGUGUAUACUGCUUUUCCCUGGGCCUUGAUUCAUCUACCACUCAUUGCCAGUCUGCUGGCCGGUGGCCACGUCGCAGCACAGUCAGUCGCGGAGAAAGAGUUUGAAGAUCCACAGAGGUGGCUCCUUUGUGGUGGUCUGGGUACAGGUAUGAUCUUGUUGUAUGUGUUUGCCCUGCUGCACAAGUCCAAUGACGAGUCGGGGACUUUAGUCUUAAAUAAGCCUUUCCGACUCAUCAUGCGCCUUGUGGUCGGGAUCAUCACCAUUCUUUUGCCCCUGGCUCACGAGCUGAAUGCAACUGAGGUGUCGAUCAUCAUGGCCCUUUUCGUGUUUACUCUGAUUUGGGAGACUGUCACUUCACUCAAGAAGGGUGCCUGUUUCUGGGAGACCUGGACAGACACGGAUUAUCCCGAGGAGAAACCCGAGGUGCACAACGCCAAGACUGACGGCACAGUUUGAAGUCCCCUUGAUGUUUUCCAAGCUUGGCCGUUGGUCCGCUUCACCCGUCAUGUCACCAUGGCGAGGCAAUGAUCUGAGUCC